CACACACACACACACACACUCACACACACACACACACACAUACACACGCACAAGAGGUGGGAGUGGAUGCUCGUGUAGCUGCUGGAAGCCGGGAUGGGAUAAUCAUGCGUGUCUGGCUCCGGGCGUUGAUGCAGCUGCCGUUGCUGGAUCCGGACUGGACUUGGGGCGCAGGGUGGGUCUAGUUCCCGACUGGAGCUAUCUAGACCUCAUGUCGAUGUUAUCAAGCAUUCCGAGAAAGACGAGGGCGAUGGCCACGAGAGGAGUCGGUGCAGCUCUUUGAAACGUCCAGGCGAGAGAGAGAAAUCGACCGUUUCCGCCGAUGGAGGACAGAAUUGGCCGGUAUUAAAGCGCAGCGCCGGUGUGGAAUAACUUGGAGAAGGGGGGGAGAGGAUACCCCUUAUAGGAUAUCGAGGGAGCUUCACUUGUUUUCUUUAUGUCCUUUUUUAACUGGGAUAGAGAUAGACACGCACCUAGAAGAACGGCUCACUUGUGCAUCGGUAAUUAGGAGAGAACUGCCUCCUUGGAGCGAGAGGCAGCCGCAUCCGACCGACCGGGGGGGAUACUUGGAUGGAGAGGGCGCAGUGAGGGCUGAGAGAGCGGCGUGCCGUGUGUAGGAAGAGACGGAGGGGGACCGGGCAGUUUGAAGGCACGGGGAGCCAGGAGAGGCGCGGCGGCUCCAUGAGCGGCUCCUGCCGGGACAGAGUGCCCAGAGCCCAGCCGGAGCGUCUCCACCGCCGCGGGUAGAACCCCGGGCAACAGGACGGCGGCCAGUUUGGAAGUUUUGAUGCAUAUGAUCACAACCACCAUGAUUUUUAUGAUUCUUGGUGCUUCAGUUGUAAUGGCGAUAGCCUGUUUAAUGGACAUGAACGCACUACUGGAUCGCUUUCACAACUACAUCUUACCGCAUCUACGAGGGGAGGACCGCGUCUGUCACUGCAACUGUGGAAGGCAUCAUGUCCACUAUGUAAUCCCAUACGAUGGGGACCAUUCCUUGGUGGACUCAUCAGAGAACUACUUUGUGAGUGAUAGUGUGACCAAGCAGGAGAUGGACUUGAUGCUGGGGCUGCUGCUGGGCUUCUGCAUCAGCUGGCUACUGCUGUGGCUGGACGGAGUCCUACACUGUGCCGUCAGGGCCUGGAGGGCGAGCCGCUACUACGGUUUACUGCGACCUCUUAGGAAAAUCACAGCUAAACCUUCCAACUGUGUGAUGAUUCAGAAGAAGGCCAUCAGUUGAGGCUAAUUUAAAUAGUUGUCUUCUUUUUUGGACAGCCGAAAUACCUGUAACCUCUUGAUUUGUUUUCAGGGAACAGUAGUAGUAAAAGGCUAAUGAGUAAGAGCACAAUCAUUAGGUGUAAUUAUGUUCUGAAUAUGUGAAACUCAUUAUUUAAUAAGACAACAGAAAACCCUACUUUAAUGAGAACUCCAAUAAUAUAGACUCUCGAAAGUGAUUGUUAUUAACAUUUUAUUCAAAUUCAGGAUAGAGAAUAGGACGUAAAAAGCAGCACUUUUA